AACACGCAGCCCCCUCCUGCCCGAGUGACAACUGGCCAGCGUACUUUCGGCUGUUGUCCCUUUAAAACUCGAAUCCAAGAGGGUAAUGAUUUAUCAAACUUGUAUUAUCAAGAAAAUGUCAAACGAAGGGCACCUUGCUUUGCACUGACGCAAACUCGGCCUUUCCCAAGGAGAUAUAGGAAGCGCCUCUCUUGCUGGAGCCAAACCCAGUCUUGUCAAUAGCUGGUUUCACUCUACCCGUUCAAUCUGUUGCCCGUUUCAGACAUGGAUUGCAGUGCUUCCAAGGAAAUGAAUAAACAACCAGCCAACAGCCUGGAGGCGGCAGUGGCGCCGGGCCACCACGAUGGCCCGUGCGCGCCCAGGACGAGCCCGGAGCAGGAGCUUCCCGCAGCCACCGCCGCGCCGCCGCCGCGUGUGCCCAGGUCCGCUUCCACCGGCGCCCAAACUUUCCAUUCCCCCGACGCGGGAGCCUGCGAGGCCGAGCUGUCGGGAGUGGGGGAUUGCAAAUUCAGUAGCCCGCGGGCGCUGGCGGCCUCGGCGGCUCUGCGGGACUUGAGCGAGGCGCAUGGUGCGCAGGCCGCCCCUCCUUCAGGGGGCGCCGGGCCCGGCAACGCGCUGCAUUGUAAGAUUCCGGCCCUGCGUGGCCCAGAGGGGGAUGCGAACGUGAGUGUGGGCAAGGGCACCCUGGAGCGGAACAAUACCCCGGCCGUAGGCUGGGUGAAUAUGAGCCAGAGCACCGUGGUGCUGGGCACGGAUGGAAUCACGUCCGUGCUCCCGGGCAGCGUGGCCGCCGCUGCCGCCCAGGAGGACGAGCAAGGGGAUGAGAAUAAGGCCCGAGGGAACUGGUCCAGCAAACUGGACUUCAUCCUGUCCAUGGUGGGGUAUGCAGUGGGGCUGGGCAAUGUCUGGAGGUUUCCCUACCUGGCCUUCCAGAACGGGGGAGGUGCUUUCCUCAUCCCCUACCUGAUGAUGCUGGCUCUGGCGGGGCUGCCCAUCUUCUUCCUCGAGGUGUCCCUGGGCCAGUUUGCCAGCCAGGGGCCGGUGUCCGUGUGGAAGGCCAUCCCAGCCCUACAAGGCUGUGGCAUCGCAAUGCUGAUCAUCUCCGUCCUAAUAGCCAUAUACUACAAUGUGAUUAUUUGCUACACACUUUUCUACCUGUUUGCCUCCUUUGUGUCUGUGCUGCCCUGGGGUUCCUGCAACAACCCUUGGAACACGCCAGAAUGCAAAGAUAAAACCAAACUUUUAUUAGAUUCCUGUGUGAUCAAUGACCAUCCCAAAAUACAGAUCAAGAACUCAACUUUCUGCAUGACUGCCUAUCCCAACCUGACGAUGGUUAACGUCACCAGCCAGGCCAAUAAGACAUUUGUCAGUGGGAGUGAAGAGUAUUUCAAGUACUUCGUGCUGAAGAUUUCUGCAGGGAUUGAAUAUCCUGGCGAGAUCAGGUGGCCACUAGCCUUCUGCCUCUUCCUGGCUUGGGUGAUUGUGUACGCAUCCCUGGCAAAAGGAAUCAAGACUUCAGGAAAAGUGGUGUACUUCACGGCCACGUUCCCGUAUGUAGUGCUCGUGAUCCUCCUCAUCCGGGGAGUCACCCUGCCCGGAGCCGGCGCUGGGAUCUGGUACUUCAUCACACCUAAGUGGGAGAAACUCACGGAUGCCACGGUAUGGAAAGAUGCUGCCACUCAGAUUUUCUUCUCUUUAUCUGCUGCCUGGGGAGGCCUGAUCACUCUCUCUUCUUAUAACAAAUUCCACAACAACUGCUACAGGGACACUCUAAUCGUAACCUGCACCAACAGUGCCACGAGCAUCUUUGCCGGCUUCGUCAUCUUCUCAGUGAUCGGCUUCAUGGCCAAUGAACGCAAGGUUAACAUCGAGAACGUGGCGGACCAAGGGCCAGGCAUUGCAUUUGUGGUUUACCCGGAAGCCUUAACCAGGCUGCCCCUCUCUCCAUUCUGGGCCAUCAUCUUUUUCCUGAUGCUCCUUACUCUUGGACUUGACACUAUGUUUGCCACCAUCGAGACCAUAGUGACCUCCAUCUCGGACGAGUUCCCCAAGUACCUGCGCACACACAAGCCCGUCUUUACUCUGGGCUGCUGCAUCUGUUUCUUCAUCAUGGGCUUCCCGAUGAUCACUCAGGGUGGAAUUUACAUGUUUCAGCUCGUGGACACGUAUGCAGCCUCCUACGCCCUGGUCAUCAUCGCCAUUUUUGAGCUCGUGGGGAUCUCCUACGUGUACGGCUUGCAAAGAUUCUGUGAAGACAUAGAGAUGAUGAUUGGAUUCCAGCCAAACAUUUUCUGGAAAGUCUGCUGGGCGUUUGUAACUCCAACCAUUCUAACUUUUAUCCUUUGCUUCAGCUUUUACCAGUGGGAGCCCAUGACCUACGGCUCUUACCGCUAUCCCAACUGGUCCAUGGUGCUGGGGUGGCUGAUGCUCGCCUGUUCCGUUAUCUGGAUCCCAAUUAUGUUUGUGAUCAAAAUGCAUCUGGCUCCUGGCAGAUUUAUUGAGAGGCUGAAGUUGGUGUGCUCGCCGCAGCCGGACUGGGGCCCCUUCUUAGCUCAGCACCGCGGGGAGCGCUACAAGAACAUGAUCGACCCCCUGGGGACCUCUUCCCUGGGACUCAAACUGCCAGUGAAGGAUUUGGAACUGGGCACCCAGUGCUAGUCCGAGGGCAUGGUCCUGUUUCUCCUCUCUGCCUUCCCCUGUGUCUUCCCCAGCUUUCUUCCCCUUUUUCUUCUUCUUUCUGCCCACAUCUUGGCUCUUACCCAUGCAUGAGUGGUUUUGCAGGAAAGUAGGACAUAAGUCGUGCGCUGUAGCGAAGGGCUAGACGGAGCAGUUGCAGUGCAGUUUGCCUGCGUCCACGCUGUCAGUUCCUGGUGGGGUUCACCCCGCAGGCGCGGGCUGACUAGGUGCGCGCGCGUUCCAGUGAAGUCGCAAGUAGGUCUGCGGGUGUGAGUUGGCCAGUGGAGAAGCAGCCACGCUGGUUGUCACUGGCGGUGCCUGUCAGGCUUACACACAAUGGCAGGAGAAGAGGAGUGGUCGUUUGGACUCAUGUAAGCAGUGUGGUGGUUUCACUCAGACACAAAGUUCAGGACAGGAGGGUCAGCAGUGGUCAGAAAGUGUUUGGAGUUAGACGAGGAGGCCGGUGGCUUUAGACCCCCCCGGGGUGGUGAAGUUCACAAUUCCACUCGUGGUUGGAGCUCUGUUUCCUCCAUCUGGACCAGCGGUCUCGUUGUUUUCUCUGCGAACUGCAAAUCUCAGUCAGUCAAGAAUCAGUUCUCUUCCCUCAGUUGUCUUUUUUUUUUUUUUUGGACAACCUGGUUGUGAACGCUUUUGGCCAUCGCCUCCAGCUCUGCACAAGAAGCCGUCGGAUUACUUGUGCCUGACGUCGUACGUUCAUCGCGGAGUGCUGUCCUCGUUUCUCCGUGACAUCUAGCGCCGUGGUUCAGUGAUGUCAUUGCCCCCUGUUUCUUCUGAAUGUCUUUCUAUGAGCUGUGGAUACCUUGUCUUUCAACCUCUGGGGAAACAAAACUUCCCCUGGUUCUGUCUAUAUAUUAUAUACAUACAAGACACAGACUCUCAAAAGACAGAUAACGUCUCAGUUUUUACUCGCAACUUUUUCAUUCGCGGUAAAUGCCAAUUGUGGCCAUAGAAUCAAAGAAAUGAAGAGUUUCAGAGAAAGCAACCAUAACAUUCCCACUGAUACUGCGCUGGUAGUACAUUUUAGGUCACUGUAGGUACAGAUGUUUCUGAUAAACACAGGUUAGGUAAGUAGGCAAGUGAGCUAAUUAAAGCUAUAGCUUUUAAGACUACAUUUAGCUAAUUCAAUUUUAAGAGUUUCCAAUUCACAAUACUCAUAACCGCACGCGAAUGAGGGUGAAUCAUAUGUCUGCAGAGACUGGCGAAGCUGUAACCUUUAUUACCUUCUUGUACCCUGAACAUGCAUAUAUGAGAUGUUUACAGUGUGAUACAAUGUGUUCAUGUCGUGUGUCCUGGUGUGGUGUUUUCUGUCCUUAUAAAUAUCUUAUGAAUCACUGUAGAAAUGAUGAGUAGAAUAGUGUAGUCGGGUUUUUUUUUCCCCCUUACAGUAAUAAUAUCUAAACCUAAAAUUGUUUCCUUAGGGGAGACCAUUUCAAUCAUUUUCUUACUUGUUUGUCUUCGUAUGACAGGGUCUCAGGCCAAGUUUUCAGUUCAAAUCUUGUAUAUUGUCAUGACAUUUUCAUCCUGUGCAACAGUAAUGAAACCCAACAGCAGACUUAAAGUAACACUUAAAAAAAAAAUGACUUCAUUUGUUAAGGGAAAAAAAAAAACAAACAAACCCUAACUCGUUUUCCCAAGUUGUCCCUUUUUUGGGGCAAAUCUCAUUACCAUUUGCCGACACUGGUGUGAACUUCCGGUUUUCAGGAGUAGCCUGGGGAAACUUUUAGAAGAGAAACUAAAAAUUGGUUUUGAACUUGAGGUUUUCCUCUUUGUUGUCUGUAGGGCAUGUCUGUUCUUCCCCCCGCCUCAUUCCCUUUUUCUGCUUCCCUCCCACAGCUAGAACUUUCUAGAAUCUGUCACAGGGACUAAACCCUGAGCCUCCCCUGGACUUAGCUUCAGGCAGCUGAGCUGUGGCCUCCCCUGCCCCAUGUUUCCCACAGUGACCUGCUGGCCAUUAGCACUGGUCUCCCCAGGAAAGUCAUAUGGAAGAGAAGCCCCCGUUGCUAUCGCAGACUCGGCAGAGUGGUACCCAGAAUUAGCCUCUCCAGUUGAUAUCCUGGUGGGGUGGGAGAGGGAGGGAGGACUCACUUAGGCUUGGAAACAAUCUGCAGCCUUUCCAAUCUGAAGGUUGGAGAAAAAGAGCUGAAAUCAAUUAGCCAUCUCCCACAGGACUGGGAUGUUUGUGUCAGGACCGGUGGUUUUUGGCUUUCCUCUCCCGCCUCUUGGCUAAAACUCGACUCUGAUGCUGGACGCCAACCCAAUUUCUGUUAAUUAUUGCUGUUGUAAUUAAGAGAAGUGGUGGUGGUGGGGAACUCAUGUUUGCCGCCAGAUCUUUUUUGUACGUGCUGCAAGUUAAUUGUGAGAAUGGGGACAUCCUCACUAGCUGGUGUAUUUUGCAUUUGGGGGCAGCAACAUUUGUGUUCAUUACGAUUUGUUUAGUUAAGACCUAGUAGCUGUUUCCUGAGCAGCUGGAUUCCCGCCACCCCCCUCGCCUUUUCCUACAAUUUUUAAGUUUUAUGUACAGUUUACUUAAAGGUGGAAGGUUCUGAACUUACCUGACACAGUGACCGUGGAAAUGCAGUUUUGCCUGUUUCUAUGGCCCUGUUUAACAUUUGAGGCUUUCCCUGCCAGAGAUGCGUUUAGUAUCCAUGCUGUUUCCAGUCAUCGCGAAUUGAUGCUGCCGCCCCUCCCGUAGGCUCGGCCGGGACGCUGAGAUGCAUAUGACCAGAUGGAUGUUUCCAUGCUUUCAAAAUGCACAGUCAAGUGGAAGGGGAAAAAAAUGAACGAAUACAAAUAAAAUGAACAGCAUUGUUAUAAACUGCCGUUUGAGAGUUCCCCUUCAAACUGAGGCAGAAAACCGAGUACUGAGGAAAGACUUUCAUUGGUUCACUGUGCAGAACGGUGGGGUAUUUUCCACUUGUGAGAUUAUUUCCUAAUACCAACAAAUGCCAGAAACCCAUUCAGAGAAAAAAGCCAUAUGUUAAAAAUAAUAACCCUGUAAUAUCCUUCAAGGAGGAAAAAAAGUGUAUCGUCUUAACUAUUGGUGUUGUGUUGUGGCUUCUUAUGCAAAUAUUUGUCUUGCGUAUUAGUAACUUUUAAUCUCUUUAAGCCUGUGUAUUUGUCAUGUACAAAUGUGUCCAGUCUGGUCUCUUUCCUCUUUGUUUCAUGUUUAUUUAUUGCAUGCAAUCUGUGGUCAGUGCAAAAAUCUCAAUGACCUCAAUGUCUUUGAAAUUUCCAAAGUGUAUUUAAUCUGUCAGAAACGGAAUCAACGUGUAUUUCCGUGAUGGCACUUUAAAAGGACAUUUAACACAAUGAAUGGCCUUGAAAUGGAAAAGACUUGGGUUGUCUUUGCUAAUGUUGCAUUGGAGUUGAGUUUUCCUUUAGUUAAGUUCUAACUGUUAUCUACAUGUGCCUCCAUACUUCCUGAUAACCUUCACGUGUCAGCAUGGUUUUCCCAUGCCUAAAAUUAAGAUGUUUUUCCUUCCUUGUUGUUCCUUUGUCCACUGGUCAUCGUCUUCUUCCCACAGACUUGCACGAUAACUGUUGCUUAAUGUAAGCAUGAAGGCGAAGUCACACUGCUGCUGUACUUAGAUUUGGGUCUGUGAGACACUUCUUUGAGGCAGAUGACUUGCAUGAGGGCACGCUGGUAGUAGUAGGGUGGUAGGGUGGUAGGUUAUCUUGCAGAGAAAAAAAGCCAAGGCCAGCGAAUGAGCAUUACCUCUGUUUCAUACUGGGUACCCUGCAGAAAACCUCCAGGCUGGGAGCAGAGGUUUGGGUGAUCGAAUCUGGAUACUCAUUUCUCUUAAAAGUGGCCCAAGGAUUUGCAAAAGUGAAGCUUCCUCUCUUUCUGGGAUUUUGCUUCAACUGGACAGAAAGGCCAAGUCACAUUGAAUUGCGGUCUCCGCUCGGGCCACCUCUGAACCAAAGAGGAAGUUCUCAGAUUGGGUGCUCAUCCCCUCUGAAGAGCCAGCAGUGGUCUGAUUUGCCCACCAUGGAUUAAAUACAUCUUCAGGUAACCAUUUGCCUUAUAGGUGUAUUUUAUUGUUAGGAUGAUACUUAGCAACUGACUAGGAACUGUUUUGUCUCUCAUUUUUGGGUCUUUUUUUGCACUUUAUAUGGACCUAUCAUGGGAUAGGUUUGUUCUUAAAUUGUGUACCUGGCUUAUGUCCUAAAUGCAGGCAUCUUAUGUGGUACUGUCGCCUAUGAAUAAAGAUAUGCUCCCUAAUCAGGUCCUUAUAUUUUUUCAUUAACUGUACACGAGGAAAAUAUAUUACAUUAUAAAUGAUGCAUCAUAGAUAUAUCUUACAGAGUGCAUAUUAUAUGCUGUGUAUUAUUCAUUUAAGGAGUCAUUAUUCUUGAGGCCCUACCUCAAAUUUUGUAUUUACGUGUACAAAUGCAAUUUAUGGUAUUAUAUAUUUGCCUAUUAUAUACUGACAUAAAUUAGAAUUUAUCCUAAUGAUGUAUGAGUUCACAAAACCCUAA